AUGGGUAAAUGGAAAGAAAAUGAGGUAAAUUUUAGCCCAACUAUGCCAACCAAAACAAGUUCUAAUCUAUGCGCCUCCAAUAUCGUCGUCAAAUUUUUGGUAUUCACCUUACUAAUUGCAGCAAUUGUGCCAAGUCUGAAUAUACCAUCAAUAUUCCUAACUUUUCUGCCAGAAAUUUGCGAACAACAAGAUCCGACGACUGCAGCACCAACUUACUGGAUACCAGAUGAUGGAUACCACCUGCAAGUGGUUCACAAAAUAUUUCACUCUUUUGGUUUCAAAAAAUUUCUAGGCAAAAAUAGUUGGGACGUAUUUUGGUCUAGUCGAUAUCCUUUUGACGACUGUAGAAAUUGGUUUCAGAAUUUGAAGCCAAAUCAGAAAGUAAAUCAUGUUCCGGGUAUCUAUUUUUUGACUUCAAAGGUUGAAUUGUCUAUGACUGAUGCGGAUUUUAUACCGAAGUCUUUUCGUAUACCAGAGGAUAUGGAGGAGUUGAGAAAUUACUCUAGCAAAAAUCCAGGAUAUAGGUUUUUGAUAAAAGGGAAUACUCACAGGAAUAUUGAGAUGGUGAAUGUAGAUGAUAUAGAUGUGACCAGCAGUGAGUCGUUUAUCCAAAAGUUUGUGGACAAUCCUUUUUUGGUAGAUGGACACAAAUUUGACUUUGGUGUGUAUACUAUCAUAACAUCAGUGGAUCCUUUAAGAGCCUACAUCUACAAUGGUGACGUCAUGAUGAGAUACUGCCUUCAAAAGUAUUAUCCGUUUAAUGAAAGUGUCUUAGAUAAAUAUGUUUUAAGUAGCAACUAUAUUCCAACACAAGAAAUGCCUGCUCUUAAACCAUAUUUCAAUAAUUUUGGUUACAACAUGCGAGAUUCCUUUAAUGCCUAUGUAAAAAGUAAAGGACUUUGUCCAAAAACGAUUUGGGAAGAAGUGGAAAGUAUUAUUAGUAAUAUUUUGGUUUUGGUAAAAAACUUCGAAGUAACUCGAAAUUUUUUCGAGUUGGUGCGUUUCGAUUUUGUCGUUGAUGAAACUUUAAAGGUUUUUCUCCUGGAAGUGAAUAUGAGCCCGAAUCUUUCACCAAUAACCAUGGAAUUUAAUAGAGCCCUUUACGAACAAGUUGUCCUCAGUGUUUUUAAGUUGGUUGGAAUUGAAAGAUACAAGUUUAAUAUGAACAGUCCUAAUUCCACUCUCAACAAAAAUAUUUUUGUCAACCCAGAGACUUGUUCAAGCAAAGAAUGCUUAAAUUCAUGUGACCAAAAAAUUUGUUCUUUAUGUUACCAAUAUCUAACUCUUGAUGACAUCGAAGAUUUGAACAUGGCAUAUGAAGAACAUAUAAAUCAAGGAGAUUACUGGAAUGGAGUUAUCAGAAGAAUAUCUGAAGAAGUUUUCGCCCAAAAAUCAGCUGGUCAUCAGAUGGUUUAA